AUGGCUCAAAAGCUGUUUGCUCUUGUAAAGGGCGAAUGUGCUCCAGAAACGCCCGACAACCCUCAGUUUCAAGAAGCUGCCGUUUCUGGUCAUAUCAUCCUCCUGAUCAUACGUGAGCGCAUGGAAAAUAUUCUUGGAAUGGUCCGACGUAAGCUGGAAUUUAAUGCAAAGCGAAAGAAGGACACUUUUGCUGUCACAUCAAAUGAAGUAAUUCGUGCUCUUGGUAGUCAUCAAAAUGGCGAAAUCACUCGAGGGUUAGAGUACUUUCUUGCUACGGGUAAUCUUAUUACAAAAAUAGGACUGUCGCUCCAGCAGGAUACAGGAUUUUCUGUCAUUGCUGAGCGCAUCAAUCAGUUGCGAUUCGUGUCACAUUUUCGUGCGAUUCACAGGGGUGCAUUUUUCAUGGAAAUGAGGACAACCGAUGUGCGUAAACUACGUCCAGAAGCAUGGGGUUUCAUUUGUCCUGUACAUACUCCUGACGGAGCGCCUUGUGGCCUGUUGAAUCAUGUCACAGCUUCUUGUCGCAUAGUUACCCAUUACUCGGAUACGCGAGAGCUACCAGCACUGCUUGCAGAUCUUGGAAUGCUUUCUCAUAAGUCAAUCGUGUUUGCUGCUGAAAACGAAGAG